GCCGCCCGGCCUGCCCAGCCCCGGAGGGAGAGCAGAGGAUCCGGGCACCAGCCGAGGAGCCGGGCACUAUCUGUACCUUCGGCGAGUCGCCGCUACAGCCGCCGCCGGGCUACCCACCCCACACCGCCAGGGGGCCCAACGCUGCCUGCACCCGCGCAACAGACGCACGGCGGCCGCGGCCCCAAAGCCGGCGCCGCUGACGUCAGGGUGACGUCAGAGCGGACGCCGCGUUGGGGCGGGAGCUGGGACGGCGAAGGAGGGCGUUUUCGGAGCACGCGCUGGGCUGGGGCCUCUGACGUCGGGCUCAGGUGCGCGCGCUCGCUCGCCCGCCCGAGCGCGGCCCAGGUGGCGGCCCGCAGCUCCAGGUGGCGGCCUGCAGCGGGCCGCGGCGAGAGGGUGAGAGUCCGCGCUAUCCGAGGGAGCUGCGCCGGCCUCGGCCCCGCGGGGUCCCACCGCACCCGAGAGGAUGGAGAGCCUCCCCCGACGCCCCAGCAGGGCCCGCGAUCCCACGCUGGCCGGCCCUCGCUAGCUGCUCGAAAUUUGCGUUUUAUCCACCACCUAGGCCUUGUCUCCUGAGUCAGUGGCGUUGUGGUUCCAAAGAAAUGGAAGAAAAGGAGCGAUGUGACCGACUCCGUUCGGUCCUCCUGCCUUGAGGCCUGGUUGUCAUUUGCAGAAAGGAAAAUACAGCAAGAAAAUAGUGUUUUUUUGGAAGGGGUAGAAGAGGAGGGUGGAAGAAGGAAAACAAGGUCGUAGAUUUUAUAUGAUUUUUUAAAACUUCUGCACUUCGACAGUGGUGGCAAAAUACACUAAAUCCAAAAGUUAUCUUUGUUUUGAGAAGAGGGGGAUUAUUCUUCCUUUUGAUUACGACCUUUUCUCCCCGUGACAAAGCAUAAAUCAUGGACACCAGAAAAUAAGGUAGACCUCAGGAAUCCUGCACAGACUGAGAAGCUUACAUUCCUCCUCAGGAGGGAAGAGUGGGGUGGUUUUAGCCCUCUCUGGAACCUAAAACGAAAAACAUGAGUUGCGUGCCAUGGAAAGGAGACAAGGCCAAAUCCGAAUCAUUGGAGCUGCCCCCGGCUGCACCCCUACAAAUCUACCAUGAGAAACAGCGCAGGGAGCUUUGUGCUCUGCACGCCCUCAAUAACGUCUUCCAGGACAGCAAUGCCUUCACCCGGGAAACGCUGCAAGAGAUUUUCCAGAGGUUGUCUCCAAACACCAUGGUGACCCCCCACAAGAAGAGCAUGCUGGGAAACGGGAACUACGAUGUGAACGUCAUUAUGGCAGCACUUCAAACCAAAGGCUAUGAAGCUGUUUGGUGGGACAAGCGCAGGGAUGUCGGCGCCAUUGCUCUCACUAACGUUAUGGGCUUCAUCAUGAAUCUGCCCUCCAGCCUGUGUUGGGGUCCGCUGAAGUUGCCACUCAAAAGGCAGCAUUGGAUCUGUGUUCGAGAGGUGGGAGGUGCCUACUACAACCUCGACUCCAAACUGAAGAUGCCCGAAUGGAUUGGAGGCGAGGGCGAGCUCAGGAAAUUUCUAAAACAUCAUUUGCGAGGAAAGAACUGUGAACUCCUGCUGGUGGUACCAGAAGAGGUGGAGGCCCAUCAGAGUUGGAGGGCUGAUGUGUAACACAGUUCUACCCAGCCUUCCCUCACCUCAACCCCUGAAAUCCUCUGUGAUGUGCUGUGGCCUCUACAGUGGGGUCUGCCCUUGCCACGUCCCCAAACAUCUCAUCGGGUUUUUCCCCUCAGAUUUGACAGUGCAAUAGGACAGACGUGUAGACUGUUACAGAACCAACCAGCGUUACUUGUUCUGGGAAAGGAAAGUAGGAGCUCUGUGUGCUUAGGGCAAGCUAUGGAAGACUUCUGUUUUAUUUAAGAGAGGAGAAAGAAAGGUGGGUCUUAGCUUAUUUCCCCGUUUCUCUGAGGACUUGCCAGAGGCUCUGCUGGAGUUCACUGCUGCUCUGACUCACCUGGAGAUGCUGCCUUCACUUCCCCUUUCCUGGCAACCAGUGGGUCUGAAGACACAGUACAGGCAAAGCCCAUGUGACAGGUUUGAAGGACUUAGAGCAAAAAGGCCUCUCAGGAAACCAUCUCCAAAACUGCAGCAGCAGUACAGCAUGCUGUCUCCAACCCUCAAUGCCGCCCUUACCCCGUUUUUAAGAGUGGUUUAUGGCCAUCCUUGGAGUUUUAUAAUGAAAAGUUCUUUAAUAUUCCAUGCCGGGUGGUUGAAUCCUGCAAUAUUCUAGUGUGACAGGGUGAGCUAGAUACCUAAGAGGAUGUGGCCAGAACCAGGCUGGGGCAGGCAUGGGCAGCCUGUCCGCCUCACUCCAGCAUCAUCCCUCGCACUUCACUGCAUUGCAUUGGUUUAGGAGGCUUUGAGGCACAAGAUAGGCAAAAGGGCAGUUUUCCCAGCUGACCCACUCUGGCAAAAAUCAGGAAAAAAAUAAGACUGCCUUUGACAUCAAAUUCUUCUAGUUUGAGACAGAGUUGGGCAAGGAAAGUAUUGGGAAGAUAAGCCUUCAGAGACUUCGAGCAGCUAGAAUGGGUAGAAGUCCUAGGCUUGGAGUCACUAUAGUGACGAAGCAGAGCCCUAACGUUGGGUGGAUAUGUGCAUUACGCUUUGUCAUCUCUCUGUAGCUUCCUUUACAGAUCAACUGAGAAUGGACCCGCCCCCUACCUCUUUAAAUAGUUGUAGGCCACUUUUCUCCCCGUAACUUGGGAAAACAAAAGGAGAAGUAAGGGUCAUACUACACCGCCUGUCACCACAGUGGCUGUGGUUGUCUCAGGGCAGGUGGGCAGGCAAGGAUGGCCUGUCCAGCCCUCACAGGUCAGUGGUUUCGGCAGGUCUGAGAGCCGCCCCACUGGCCAGACCUCUCCAAUAGCAGAGCCAGCCUGGGGCUUGCAUGUCCAGCCUGAGCAAGCUUAACGGGAUGAAGCUGAGGCUUUCUCCCCACUGUGACUGGAGUGCAUGUUUACACCAGCACUUUUUCUGCACAUUUAUCUUCAAUCCAACAAGGCCGUUUUUUAUGCUGAGUAACAGAGGCCACCAAGAGGCAACUGCAUUACAUCCUCUCAGCCCGUGGCCGCAUUCUCUCCUGCACCAUUUUCUACACCAGACCUGCUUGGCACCACAGGGAGCUCUUCGCCCCUGCACGAUGACAUUCCAACCACCACCAGCCAGAAGUUACAGCCAACCUUGCUCAUUGUCACAAGCAGGACCUUCGGUCCAUUGGCACUGUCAGUGAUGUAAGCCAUUUCCUGGGAGGAGAAGGAAACUCCUCACCAAUCUGCUUGGGCCUGUGCAAAUGGCACUUCAAAGGAGUCCCCAUGCACUUGGAGUCCAUGAGCCAGUGGGAUAUAUGCAAAGACGCUUAAACAUUUCAGGGCUGGUUUCUCUGUUCAUAUCCAAUUCUGGUGCUUAGGAACAGGGACCUAUGCUGAUGCCCAAGGGCAAAAAGCCCCACUUCCUUUAAGAAAGGGGGCAGGCCUGACCCUGAUGCCCAGUAAGGGGCAACCCUAGGCUUUUUGUUUUUCUUGCUUUUAUUCCUUUUUGUUGGCCUUGUGCUGGGUUUGUUUACAAAAGAUGUAUUUUGUUUAACCAAAUAUUAAAAAUGGAAAACUCCAUACAUAAAUUUCA